GUGACGACUGCGAUUGCGAGAUGUCGACACCUUGCAAAUCAAUACAGAAUUUUUAGUUUUACAAUGACGUCAUUAUUUUGAGACAAUUUGCAACAAUUUAAACAAACCCACCGACCCGGUUAUCGCGAAACAAGUGUGUAAACGGACCGUCCACCAUUCGAAUAUGUAUCAGAUGGAGAACAAUCCGCAAUCCGAAGAUGUGAUCAUAUAACCUCUUUUCUAUUUGAAUUGGGUAACAUUAGCUGGUCAAAAUUGAGGGAAAAAUAGCUAGGAUGCCGGAACAGAGCAACGACUACCGGGUUGUGGUGUUUGGAGCCGGUGGCGUUGGCAAAAGUUCCCUGGUAUUGAGAUUUGUCAAAGGUACAUUCAGGGAGAGUUACAUCCCAACUAUUGAGGACACCUAUCGACAGGUAAUAAGCUGCAACAAGAACAUCUGCACACUGCAGAUAACAGACACCACAGGCUCUCAUCAGUUUCCAGCGAUGCAGAGACUGUCCAUAAGUAAAGGCCAUGCUUUCAUCCUGGUCUACUCAGUGUGCAGCCGCCAGAGUUUGGAGGAGCUCAAACCCAUCUGGGAGGUAAUCAAGGAGAUUAAAGGCCCUGACACCAGCCAAAUUCCGAUCAUGUUAACCGGGAACAAGUGCGACGAAAGUGCGGAGCUCCGCGAGGUGACAACAUCGGAGGGACAGGCUCAGGCGGCCGAGUGGGGCAUAAGCUUCAUGGAGACGUCGGCGAAGACCAAUCACAACGUCAAGCAGCUCUUCCAGGAGCUCCUGAAUCUGGAGAAGAGUCGCAACGUGAGCCUCCAGGUGGGCGGUAAGGCCAACAGCCGUGUCGCUAAAGACAAAUGCGAUCUGAUGUAAUUCGUUGUCCUCGACGUCGACUUUUGUUUUUGGUGCUAAACUAGUUGUCGAGAGACGUCGUCCGCACGUUUUGCGGACGGCGUUCAGACAUUUUUGGAGCGACACGUCCGGGCUACGUUACCGAAUUUCCCACUGUGACGUUGCCACGGAUCGCCCAAGGGUUUGUCCUGUUUUAAUCUUUUCACCACCGUCACAUCGUCGCACAUAUUGUCUACGUUUUCUCGACCAAGCUGGUUAUGGAGGUUGGCCGGGCAAGUGGGAAGAUGAUUUAUUGGUAGAAUGUUGGGCUGUAUUCUUUCUAUAGCAUACUUAGUCGUUGGUUUGUUGAGGUUUGUUGCCGCCCGACGGUAGAGGGUUAGCCCGUUGUCAGGCUUUUAAGGGGUCCAAUAUUUUUAAGGGAACAAAUUUGGAAAGUGGCGCAUACACUAAUUUGAAGACUGCAAAACUAAUUGGCUUUAAUACUUAACUGUGCACGUUUUUUUGGAUGCAAAAUUUUCAGUUUUGAAUAGCUUUUUAUUAGUCUGUAACACAUUACUUCGACAAUAAAUUAUAAUACUUAAAUUUUGGAUAUUCCAAAUGAAAAUGAAAAGUAUAUAACCUACUUUCUGAUUGACUGAGCUUCUAGAUUAUACAUCUGUGUCAUCUAAAGCUCUCUUAAAAAAUUGUUGAUGGUACACUUUUCAGCUACCAAAUAUGGGAUCUUGGUUAGUUCAGUCGUGCCGAAUGGACAACAUGUUUGUUUCUUUAGCUUUGUUAUGGCCAACUUUGCCGUCGUGCUGCAACAAAUCCCCCCAAAAAGCCGGUAAUCUUCGGAUCAUUUGACGAUUAUAGACGUUCGUCGUCGAAGACGAAUCUAUUAUUGGAUCUGGAACAUAUCCAACUCUAAUUGGAAUAUUAUAAUGAUCAUAAGUAAUGAAGGGACAUGGUGUUAACUGUUUUAAGUCGCGUCCUUCAUUACUUGGUGUAAUACUUCAAAUGAUAUGCUUGGAUCUCGUCUCAGACUUGCACGUUGUUCUACUCUCAAUGUAUCCUUUAAAAUGUUGAACAAUGCCGAAAGUAACGAACAAAUGAUGUUGUUUCAUUCGUUUUUAAAUCUUGUUGACUGUUAUUGAUGAAGUGCCCAUCUGUGGACAAUAUUAUUAGCUAAUUCUUAAACAUAAUCCCGUCACAAACACUUGUACAUAAUUUCACUUUGGCACUUGCUCGGCUCACUGAGUCAGUAGCAUUUUCGAUGACGAAUUUUCUAUUCAAAUUCCCAUUUAGUUCUGAUAUAUAAUAUUUCGACAGCAAUGAAGGUCAUCAUUAAGGAUAGAAUACUGACGGAGUAAAUAACCCACGAUUAGUUUAUUAGUAUUAGUACUCCCAGAAAAUAGAAAAUACGUCCAUCGUCCAGCAUUUACCAUUGAACAUUCCAAACUGACUCAUUGAAUUAAUAAUGUUUUUGAUGUUAUGCAACUUACAUCAUUUACUUAUUGGCACUGAUAUUGAUUGUUUAAUUCACAUGAUCAUAUCCUGUUUCCAAUUGUUAUUCACGUGUUCGGGUGUUCCAAAUUCUUAAUAAAAUCGAGCGAAACACCUCGGCGUUGUAACAGUUUUCCAUUAGUCGAGCUUUGGAACGCCCCGCAGCGAAAAAAAUUUAAAACAACGCAGACGGGUCCAUCCUUCAGAUCUUGUUGUAACGAAGGACAGUAAAACUCGGUUUUUACUGAACGAUUAUUAACAUUAUACAUAUGUCAGUCACAAUAGCAUAUCAGUAAUAGUAGUGAAAAAAAACGAAUAUAGAAAUUCUAGUUAUUAAAUAUAUACAUAUAAACUUGUUCUUAAGGCUGCGUCCAUCGUUGUACUUCAAGCCUUAACAGGUCGGAUUUGGUGAUUAGUUGCAAAACUAGAGUAAUUUGGAAGAACUGGUUGGUGUUAAGUAAAGGGGCCAAACCAAUUACAACAUAUCAGUCUUUUUGUCUCUACAUAGUCCCAUAUUUUUGGAUACUUUUCCUAAUAUCAAAACAUAUAUGCAGUGCCAUAAAAAUAUCAGACAUAUUACUUAUUUUUUUUUUAAUAUUUGGUUGUUUACUGGAAUAUUUAGCAGCGAAGUACAAUGAUGGACCGUUGAAAUUAUUAGACUGGGUGCUAAGCAAAACAUUGUUUGUUAUUAUAAAAAUUUGUUAUAUUCACGCUUUAUAGUGUUCACUAUAUGAACUGCAAUUGUGAUCAAUUUAUAAUACAUAUAUAUUUAUGCAACGAAUAUAAAAAAAUAAUUACUAGCAAAAAAAAUUUACUCAAAAAUAUUUUGUCUUUUUGCUCUGUAGAAGCCACAACUACGAUUUUUGCAUUUUCAAACUGCAAAAAUGCUUUUAUUAGCAUGAAGAAGAGGUUACAGAUUUUACUACGUUUAUUAUCGAAUUACGCUGUUAUCUGCUGUCUGUUAAAAAUCAGCCCCGUUCUCAUGAAAACUUAUUUAAACCCUUAAUUUUAUCUUAUAUUUCAGUUCUAUUACAAAUUAUGCGGACAAUCGUAAUUUAAAUUUUAAUUUUAGGGGGGCUGCUGUAAAUGGACUUGUUGUUUCACUGUUGAACUAAAGUCUGUCACCUUUGCAACAAAAAAAAAUUGUUAUUAUAUAGUGAACGUAAGGAUCCAAUUUGUAUACCUGUAGAUUAUUUACUUAUUACUGAUAGUUUGAAGAACAAUGAUAGCUUUAAAUUUAUUAUUUUAGCUCAAUUUUGUGUCCAAUAAGAGUCGGGUCGAUUCUUAAUUAACUGGAAUUAACAACGGUCAACUCUCUUUCUGUAAUCUGAUGAAGAUUUAUCAUUAUUUUAUGUGUUAAGGAUUGUUCGACUCUUACUGGCCCAUUUUUACAUGACUGGCAAUACCUGUAAAUACGAAAACCUCCUCUUUUCGUCUAUCUUGAAGCUCUCGUCCAUCGAUCAAGUCAAAGAUUAGACCGAACACUUUAUGUUAAUUUCAGUGCCAAAAUUUUUAUUCGCACAUUUCGAUAAUCAUCCACACGAGCCCCUCCCACGAACCCUUGUUCGUUUCCCACGUCGAAUUUUUGACUUUGAUGUGCGUUUGUGCUUCGAUUUUAAGUCCAUUAGAGUUAGCGAAUAUUAAUUGUAUGGAAGUUGUAAUAUGUAAAAUCCAGAACGGUCAGUAUUGAACAAUAUCGU